AAGGCCCGGCCCCCUCUGCCCCUCUCCCCGGCCUCCCUCCCGCUCGCCCGCCGCUUCUGUCCGGGAGCCCGGGGGCCGCAGGCCAGAGCCUCCCCCUGCCCCGACCCCCGACCCUCCCCCGACCCCCGACCCCGCCAGCGCACAACGCCGAUACCCAACUCUUGCGAAGGGACGCGUCCUGCACAGGCCCCGGGCCCCCCUCUUGCACGGAGCCCGAGGCCUUCUCUUGCACGGACCCCGGGGCCUCCUCUUGCACGGAGCCCCCUCUUGCACUUGGCCGGGGUCCUCCCCUCUGUUUUCGGGGUCCCGGGGGUCUAUGGAGGGUGUGGAGUCGGUGCUGAGACGGGAGCUGGGGAGCUCCACGGUCGCCGCCACCGGACACUCGGGGGGCGGAUGCAUCAACCAGGGCCGCACCUACCGCACCGACCACGGACGGGUCUUCGUCAAGUUCAACGGCAAGGCCGAGGCCCGGAGGAUGUUUGAGGGCGAAAUGGCCAGCCUCACUGCCAUCCUGCGAACCCACACCGUCAAAGUCCCCAAGCCAAUCAAAGUCAUUGACGUGCCCCAGGGUGGCAGCGCCCUGGUCAUGGAACACCUGGACAUGCGCUUUCUAGACAGUCACGCAGCCAAGCUGGGUGAGCAGUUGGCGGACCUGCACCUGCAGAACCAGAAGCUGGGAGAGAAGCUCCAGAAGGAAGAGGGCACCGUCGGGAAGGGAGCGGGCCAGUCGGACCUGCAAUUCGUGGACCAGUUUGGGUUUGACGUGGUGACCUGCUGCGGGUACCUGCCCCAGGUGAACGACUGGCAGAGAGACUGGGUGGCUUUCUUUGCCCAGCAGCGCAUUGGGCACCAGAUAAACCUGUUGGAGAAGGAGUCGGGCAAUCGAGAGGCCCGCGAACUCUGGGCUCAGCUGCAGCUGAAGCUCCCGGAGCUGUUCCGCCCAGUGACCGUGGUGCCCGCCCUGCUGCACGGAGACCUGUGGGGGGGGAACGUGGCCGAGGACGCCGACGGGCCCAUCGUCUUCGACCCGGCCUCCUUCUACGGGCACGCCGAGUACGAGCUGGCCAUCGCCGGGAUGUUCGGGGGCUUCGACGGCGCCUUCUACUCGGCCUACCACAGCCGAAUCCCCAAGGCCCCCGGAUUUGACCGCCGCCUGCGGCUCUACCAGCUCUUCCACUACCUGAAUCACUGGAACCACUUCGGCUCCGGCUACCGUGGCUCGUCCCUCAGCAUCAUGCGGGGUCUCCUCAAAUGAAGGGGGCCGCCGAUCGGCUCCCUUCUGGGUGGAUGACCCCCUUUCCGCCCCCUCGGCUCCCCCCUUUGCUGUGGUUCAUCCCUCGACCCCUCCCCGCCAGUAGCACCGACUCGGCCGAGCCGCUCGCCGGCCCGGGGCAGAGGUCGGCCCCAGGCCCCGCUUUGAGGGAGGUGCCUGGCCUUAAGGUUGGCGCGGCAGCCAGUUGCCACUGGGGGAGAUGGGCAGAGAUCUCCCUAAGCCCUCAGGACCGGGGCAGCCCACAAGGGAACUCUGGGGGUAUUGUGGGACUGAUGUUCCCUGUGGGAUUCCCAAUCCUAUUCCCGUCGCUUGUCUGUUUCCACCCAGAGGAAAGCCCCCAUCUUGGGGAAGGGCAGCCAGGUCAUCCCAGCUGGGGCCAGUCCUGAACUACGCCAGGCCAGGAAUCCCCUCCUCUUCCUGAUCCCGAGCCCUGGGUCGCCUCAGCCCCUUCCCUCCUGCCAUAGGGGACCACCUUUUCUUGGGGGCUGAGAGGAAGCGGCUGGUGCUCUGUAGGAAGUUGCCCCUAUCCAGUCCGCCGGCCGUUCCCUGGCUCCCACAGUCUGGGGUCAAAGCGGCUCUCAGGGAGGAGGAGGGAGGAAGAAGAGGAUGGAGGAGGAGACCCAGUGCUGCCUCAAGGGCUGAGGGUGGGACCAGGGCCCAGGCUCUGUGUGCUGGAAGUUCUGGACCGGGCCCUUGCCAGGAGACCACAUACCCCUUCCCCUGGAUGAGCCAGGCCACAUCUUGCCGUUAGCUUCUGUGGGGUAUGUGAGCAAGGAAGGGCCAGCUUCCCGAGGGGCCAGUGUGGUGGCCGCCUCCCAGGAGCGUGGGAAGCAUGUUUGAAGCGAGGAGGAGCCCAUUUUCCCUGUCCAGCCGUCCGCAGGCCACUUGUUUUCACCAUUCGCUUACAGACCCCGUUGUGACCCGAAGCGGCGUGUGAAAUCCCCACUGGAAUAAAUGAAUCAUUAGACCA